AUGGCUGCAGUAUUCCUAAGUUAUUACAUACAUUUGGCUCUUUACAGAUCAGGCAUUGACUCUAUUGCUAUGGACAUGAAGGAGAGGAAACUAACCGUGAUCGGCGACAUAGACCCGGUCGAUGUGGUAGCCAAAUUGAGAAAAUGUUGGCACACAGACAUAAUAACAGUUGGACCAGCAAAAGAAGAAAAGAAAGAUGAGAAGGAAAAAGAUGAAGGCAAGAAGGAGGAUGAUAAGAAGAAAGACCCAGUUGCUGAGCUUGUCAAAGCCUACAAUCCUUGCAUGACCAAGUACUACUGUGUGCAAAGUGCAGAAGAAAACCCUAAUGCAUGUGUGAUAUGUUAA